UUUCUUUUCAGAUUAAAUUGAAAGCAUAAAAAUGGAACAAGUAAUUAAAGAAGGAGCACUAAAAUUAUUAACAUCUGAAGCGACCUGCGAUGUCGUUCUAAGCUGCGCCGGACAUCGUUUGAAAGCCCACAAAGUAAUACUAUCGAUAGCCAGUCCGUUAUUGCAGACCAUUCUCUUGGAAGAGACUUCAACACCAGCGCUAAUCGUUUUACCGGAAGUUGAAACAUCAACGAUGACAUUACUUUUAGAUUAUAUUUAUACAGGAAGGGUUCAAGUUCCGCAAGAAAAAAUCAAAGAUUUCCUCGAUGCAGCUUCAUUAUUAAAGAUUCACAUUUACGACGAGAUUAUGUUAAAGUUAAAGUUUUUAAAUUGCCUCGAUAUCAAAGAUUUUUCAUCGAAAAUCGAUAAGAAAUCAAUCCAAACCAAAAUCGAAGAAAAACCCUUAAAAAAAGCUUUAAGAAAAGUACCGAAUUUGUUACCCAUCUCAACCGUUAGAAUGAAAAGAACCACAACGGCGUAUAAAGGUCACGUUAUACCAAGUCCUUGGUGUCCUAGAAUCGGUGCUCCUCUAAUCGGCGAUCCAAGACAUGAUCCGGUUUUAACAAAAAUCCACAAAGAAUUUCAGGAUUUAAAUGACACCAACAACAAUAAUUUUCAAGUUGUUAAUUAUGCAAAUAAAAAAAGCGGUUUUAUUCGAUCGGAAAUAGGCCAAAGUGAAACCGGUGAAGAAAUUUCAAACGAAAACGAAGAAGUUUUGAAGAUAAACGAAAAUAUGUCGAAACAUAAUGAAGAAGCAUCGAGUGUAAAUAAGAAAAUAGAAGACGAUUCAAUUAAAAUGAUUGAUGAAGAAAUAAAUCCGAAAGAAAACGACUUUAAUCGUUGUGAAUCGAAAAACCAAAAAUCUUUUAAACCUUUCAAGUGUGAAGAAUGUGGAAAAUGUUUUAGUCAAUUAAGAAACUAUAAAUAUCACAGAUCGAUUCAUGAAGGUACAAAAGAAUUUUCAGCUCGAUGUCCCGAAUGUGGAAAAACAUUCAACGAUAAAGGUUACUUAAGCAGUCACAUGAAAAUCCAUCGGGAUCGUAAAGAAUACGGAUGUCCACAUUGUCCAAAACGUUUCAAUCAACGCGUCGCGUACAACAUGCACCUGAGGAUACACACGGGUGUAAAACCACACGAGUGUACUAUUUGUGGUAAGACAUUUUCUCGAAAAAUGCUUUUAAAACAACACCAGAGAGUCCACACCGGGGAAAGGCCCUAUUCUUGCCCAGAAUGCGGAAAAACCUUCGCGGAUCGGUCCAACAUGAGUCUGCACGCAAGACUUCACACAGGUGUAAAACCAUACUCUUGUAACCUCUGUUCUAAGAGUUUUACAAAAAAGCACCAUCUCAAAACGCACAUGAACUUCCACACUGGACUCAAACCCUAUUCUUGCCAAAAUUGUGGACUUUCCUUUUCACAAAGCAGCAACAUGAGGACCCAUUACAAGAAGUGUAUUUUGAAAUCUCCAGAAAAUGAAAAUUCGCAAUAAAAAGUAUUGCAUUUUUAAGAUUAUGUUAAUGUAGUACUUGACUUAAAUAAUUGUGAUAUUUUACUUUCUUUAAUUGAAUUUGUUAAUCAUAUUAUCAUUAUGAGAGUAUUAUUUAUUUGUCGUUUUUA